AUGGACUCGGCGAGUCCACUGUCAAAUCUGAAGGAUCAGACCCCUGAAAAGCUUUACCAGUCGUCAUUGCCAUACCCAGCCCGAGCUAAGAAAGAGAAGCAGGAAGAUGAGUACCAGAAGUUUCUAGAUCAUAUCAAGGCUCUUCAAAUCAACAUACCCUUCAUCGAAGCUGUCGCACAAAUGCCCAAAUAUGCAAAGUUCCUUAAGGAAAUUCUCACUAAUAGAAGGAAGAUGGAGGAAGUGAAGAAGGUAGUCCUCAAUGAAAACUGCUCUGCUGCUAUGCUAAAUAAGCUACCAAAGAAGAAGGGUGACCCGGGGAGCUUAACUUUACCUUGCCAAUUUGGCAACUUGGCUACCACGCAUGCCUUGGCUGAUUCGGGAGCAAGCGUAAGCCUCAUGCCAUAUUCAUUCUUCAAGAAGCUUGAGCUCCCGGAACCACGACCAAUUCGCAUGGCGAUUCACUUAGCAAACAAGACAGUCACUUUUCCAAGAGGCAUAUGUGAAGACUUAUUGGUCAAAGUGGACAAGUUUGUAUUUCCCGCUGAUUUCAUCAUUCUAGACAUGGAGGCAGAUCCUCAAGUCCCAAUCAUCCUUGGAAGAUCCUUCCUCAACACGGCAAGUGCUAUAGUAGACAUGAGGGACUCGAAGCUCACUUUGCGGGUAGGAGAAGAUUCAGUCACAUUUGGGGUAGAUCAAGCUAUGAAGUAUGCAAGGAAGUGGAGGAGCUAA